UCAGCUUUACUAACAGUCAGGGCUUCGGUUUCUGUUUGUGAAACUUUCUGUAUUGUUUGGCAGCUUCUCCCCAGCACCCACCCGAUCUGGACGCUCUCCGUGGCACAGCUGUGAUGGGAUUCCAAACCUUCGCAGCCAGUGGACAAAUACUGACAGUGCAGUCCUCGGAAUGGGGCUCCGGGCCAGCUGAGGUCUGAAAACACUCGGCUCCGUAAUGGAUCCAAAUGGAUUAACUGUGUUAUUUAGGGUGAAGUACAAACUCUUUAUUUUUUACAUCCUCAACGGAAAUUGCUUUUAAAAAUAUGGUUGAGCCCUCAUUUAUCUUGAAUGAUUCUUACUCACUGCAGAUAAACCCUCCAGCCCUCUUGCUGGCACAUGGUGAGUUCAAAGCCCUGAUCUAGUACGAUAACGGAAUUUUACAUCAGCCCUGAGCCUGGAAAGAUGGUGUCACAGUCCUCGAGCCAGCAGGGUUUUCCUGUGGAGCCCUGGGAAGGGGUGAGUGAUGACUCUGGUGACACUGAUGGUUCACCCCACCUCCUGGACACUGACUACCCCUCUUGCCCAUCAGACGUCAGGUUCACGAGGCACAAAGCUGCCUGGAUUAACCCCCAGGAUCUGCAGCCUCAGCUGCAGGACUUGCCGCUUCAGGUGCCAACAGUGGGGAACAUUGGCAGCAACUUUGUGGGGGAUGCUACCUCUCCCUUGGGCACUUCACCAUUGUCUCUCAAGAACUCCAUGGUGGAGACAUCGUUGUGGAAGGACACUGUGGGCUCCAUGGGAAGCUCAGGUAAAAAGAGUAGUGACUUUUCUUUUAACCCCACACAAGAGCGGGCAGUGCCCCCAGGACGCUCUCCUUGGAUGUCUCCGUGCACAAGCUCCAAGAUUUUGACUGCUUCCCUAUGUUCUGAAGCUGACAGUGCUUGUUUCAAGCCUUCUCACCUGACAGCUUCCACUGACGAAGGUGCUGUUCAAAUCAAUAGAAGAAGCAUUUCAUUAAUUUCCUUCUCAGCAGAAGCAUUUGUGCAUCCAGUUGAUGUAGAAAAGGAAAAUGCCCACUUUUAUGCUGCAGAUAUGAUUAUAUCAGCAAUGGAGAAAAUGAAGUGUAACAUCCUGAGUCAACAGCACACAGAGAACUGGAGUAUAGAAGAAGCCAGUGGGUCACUUGGGAAUGAUCGAAGUGACUCUGAAGUGACCUUUUAUACCAAUAUAAAACAAGAAUCCGGGUCUUCCACUUUUUCAAACAGUGGCUAUGAAGGUUGUGCUGUGUUACAGGUCAGCCCAGUUGUUAAAACACCUACUUACUGUGAUGUGGUGAAAGAGGCCUGCAAAUGUGACUUUGAUAAAUUUGUUAUUGUAGAACUUGGAAAGUUCAGCAAUACCACAGAAACCUGUGGAUGUUCCUGUAGCUCCUCUAAGAGUGUUAUUUAUGAGCCAAACUUCAAUUCAGCUGAGCUAAUAGCCAAAGAAUUGUACCAAGUGUUCCGUAAGUGCUGGAUGUUGUCAGAAGUUAAUUAUCAGCUGGCAGUUUCCCUCAAUGCAUCUGGCUCCAUAGUUGUAAAUGAAGAGCGUGUCCGAAAAGACUUUGAAUCCAGUGUGGAUUUAGGAGAGGAAAUUAAAUUUAACUCAAGAAUCAGAGAAACAGAAGACUGGGCACCCCCUAGAUUUCAAGUCAUAGUUAAUGUUCAUCCACCACAUAAGAGGGAUCUCGUGGUAGCAGCCCAGAAUUUUUUCUGUGCUGGCUGUGGAACUCCAAUAGAACCUAAGUUUGUGAAGCGGCUCCGGUACUGUGAAUACCUGGGCAAGUAUUUCUGCGACUGCUGCCACUCCUAUGCGGAGUCCUGCAUCCCUGCCCGGAUCCUGACCAUGUGGGACUUCAGGAAGUACUACGUCAGCAAUUUCUCCAAAUGGCUGCUGGAUAGUAUAUGGCACCAGCCCAUUUUCAAUUUGCUGAACAUCAGCUACAGCCGGUAUGCGAAGGCCAAGGAGCUGGACAGAGUGAAGGAAAUCCAGGAGCAGCUAUUUCAUAUCAAGAAGCUAUUGAAGACCUGCAGAUUUGCUGAAAGUGCAUUAAAAGAGUUUGAGCAGGUGCCCAGACAUUUGACCGAUGAGCUCUACCUGUUCUCCCUGGAGGACCUGGUCAGGGUCAAGAAAGGGUUGCUGGCGCCCUCGCUCAAGGACAUUCUGAACGCUUCCCUUGCCCACGUGGCCGGCUGUGAGCUGUGUCAAGGAAAGGGCUUCAUUUGUGAAUUUUGCCGGAGUACAGCUGUCAUCUUCCCAUUUCAGAUCACAACGUGUAGAAGAUGUUCAGAGUCCAGAGCUUGCCUUUCACCAGCAGUGCUUCCCAGUCCUCUGAGUGCCCCCCGGGUGUGCAACGAUCACAGCUAG